ACAGCAAAGAAAGAGGAAGUUGAAGUUUUCGGUUUCUAUUCUUUAUUAAAAACAAUGCAAAAUAAAGUUAAAAUACUCUCAAUGAUUAAUUGCUAGUUUACUAGUUAAUACUAUGGAAGAAUUCAUGCAUCGUGCUCUACAACUAGGUGGUGAAGCGUUACAAGCCCAAGAGGUACCGGUGGGGUGCGUUUUCGUGGUUGAUAAUAAAAUAAUUGCGGAAUCAAGAAACCGUGUAAAUGAAACUCGUAAUCCUACACGACACGCAGAAAUUAAUUGCAUUGACUUGGUUAUAGAGUAUUGUAAAAGUAAAAAUCUUCGACAUGAUUAUUUCCAAAACAUUACUGUGUAUGUGACUGUGGAACCCUGCAUAAUGUGUGCAGCAGCAUUGAAUAAUGUUGGUGUGAAGGAAGUGAUAUAUGGAUGUGCUAACGACCGAUUUGGCGGAAAGACAGUUUGUGAUGUUAGUAAAAUUUACAGUAAUAAUUACUCUUUAUCUGGAAACUUGCUUGCAGAUGAAGCUAUGGCUUUACUCAAACUAUUUUACAAAGGAACAAAUCCACUUGCACCAGAUCCUAAAUGUAAAAAAAUAUUGAAAGAAUAAUUAAAACAACAUUUACUAACUUUUAGUAUGUAUUCAUAAUUGUUUUAAUUAAAAUAUAACAGAACUGAA